AUGAAUGAAUCACAAUCACUUAGAAUAAAUCAGGUUUCUGGUAAUGAUACAUAUCAGGUCGAGCUGAAUGAAUCACAAUCACUUGGAAUAAAUCAGGUUUCUGGUAAUGAUACAUAUCAUGUCAAGCUGAAUGAAUCACAAUCACUUGGAAUAAAUCAGGUUUCUGGUAAUGAUACAUAUCAUGUCAAGCUGAAUGAAUCACAAUCACUUGGAAUAAAUCAGGUUUCUGGUAAUGAUACAUAUCAGGUUGAGAUGAAUGAAUCACAAUCACUUGGAAUAAAUCAGGUUUCUGGUAAUGAUACAUAUCAGGUCGAGCUGAAUGAAUCACAAUCACUUGGAAUAAAUCAGGUUUCUGGUAAUGAUACAUAUCAUGUCAAGCUGAAUGAAUCACAAUCACUUGGAAUAAAUCAGGUUUCUGGUAAUGAUACAUAUCAGGUCGAGAUGAAUGAAUCACAAUCACUUGGAAUAAAUCAGGUUUCUGGUAAUGAUACAUAUCAUGUCAAGCUGAAUGAAUCACAAUCACUUGGAAUAAAUCAGGUUUCUGGUAAUGAUACAUAUCAGGUCGAGCUGAAUGAAUCACAAUCACUUGGAAUAAAUCAUGUUUCUGGUAAUGAUACAUAUCAUGUCAAGCUGAAUGAAUCACAAUCACUUGGAAUAAAUCAGGUUUCUGGUAAUGAUACAUAUCAGGUCGAGCUGAAUGAAUCACAAUCACUUGGAAUAAAUCAGGUUUCUGGUAAUGAUACAUAUCAGGUCGAGCUGAAUGAAUCACAAUCACUUGGAAUAAAUCAGGUUUCUGGUAAUGAUACAUAUCAUGUCAAGCUGAAUGAAUCACAAUCACUUGGAAUAAAUCAGGUUUCUGGUAAUGAUACAUAUCAGGUCGAGAUGAAUGAAUCACAAUCACUUAGAAUAAAUCAGGUUUCUGGUAAUGAUACAUAUCAGGUCGAGCUGAAUGAAUCACAAUCACUUAGAAUAAAUCAGGUUUCUGGUAAUGAUACAUAUCAGGUCGAGAUGAAUGAAUCACAAUCACUUGGAAUAAAUCAGGUUUCUGGUAAUGAUACAUAUCAGGUCGAGAUGAGUGAAUCACAAUCACUUGGAAUAAAUUAG